AUGUCACGGUAUGCCGGAACGCCGAAAAUCCUCCACGAGUCCAGACCUGCUUGCGGCGGCAUUGUUCGAUGUCGCCGCGGAAUCAGACUGGAAAAUGCCAGCGUUCGCGAGGUCGCAAAACGGGCGGGUGUCUCGAUCGGCGCAGUGCAACAUCAUUUCUCGACCAAGGACGAGAUGUUCGCAUUCGCACUGCGAACACUCGUCGAUCGAUUGUUGACCAGACUGGCCGAAUCGUCCGCCGACGCGGACCCGCAUACCGCCCUGUUCCAGGCGCUCUCGCAACUCCUGCCCCUCGACGAGCAACGCACGCGUGAGGCGCAUGUGCUCGCCGCGUUUGCCGUGCGCGCCGCAACCAGUGAGUCACUCUCCGAAAUCCGCCGGACAACCCUGUUCACAAUCCGCACCGGCAUCUCGACAAGCGGCACUUCUACUUUCAACCGUCAAUGGAUUGGCCCUCGACACUCGGAAGCCCCGCCAUGUAUCCGCCGCAGUACCUCGAUCACGCUUUGGAAACCCAGAUCCGCCUCACCCUGCACGACGCCGAGAACCCGCUCGCCUCCGUCGGGCUCGCCAGCUGACGUGGCCGGAGCAGGACGCUUCGCGCCGAGCCCGUCCGGCGAUCUCCAUCUGGGAAACCUCCGUACCGCCCUCUUGGCCUGGCUGUUCGCCCGCACCAGCGGGCGCGACUUCCUCAUUCGCGUCGAGGAUCUCGACCGUGUCCGACCCGGCUCGAUGGAACGACAACUCGACGAUCUGCGCAGGCUCGGCCUCACAUGGGACGGCCCAGUCGUCUUACAAUCGCACCGUCUUCCCUUGUACCACAACGCUAUCGAGCUACUACGCGAGCGCCACCUGACCUAUCCCUGCUUCUGCACACGCAAGGAGAUCCUGCAGGCACCGUCCGCUCCCCAUGCUCCCGAUGGCGCCUAUCCCGGCACUUGCCGGAACCUGUCGGCGGCCGAACGCGCCGAGAAAUCGGCAAGCGGCCGAUCCCCCGCGCUGAGGCUACGGGCCGACAUCGAUUCGUUCACCGUGCACGACGAACUGUUCGGCGAGGUGACGGGGCAAGUCGACGACGUCGUCCUGCUCCGCGGAGACGGCGUACCCGCCUACAACCUCGCCGUUGUCGUCGACGACGGUGCGCAGAACAUCGAUCAGGUGGUCCGCGGCGACGACCUCCUGACCUCGGCGCCGCGUCAGGCGCACCUUUGCUCAACUGCUCGACAUCGAACCGCCGUCCGCGACGGCGCAGUGACUCUGGCCGAUCAACUCGAGGCCGGACGCAGUGCCGAACAGGUCCUGACAAUGAUCGCGUCGAGCAUCGGUCUCGCUGAACCCGGCGAAGUUGUCACACCACCCCAAUUGGCGGAUCGAUUCGACUCUCGCAAGAUCCCCGAACCCCGUGGAUUUUCCCGGCGAACAUCCACGCUGACACGCACGUGCGGCACGGGCGACUCAGGACGAAAAGGAAUACGCAUGGUCCGCGAGCUUCGCGAGGCACUCGACGACCAUCAAUUCGAGGUGUUGUAUCAACCCCAGGUCAAUCUGAACUCGUCAGCAAUUAUCAGCUAUGAAGCACUUCUGCGGUGGCGCCAUCCGCUUCGAGGGUUGAUCGAACCCAAGAUUUCAUGCGCUCCGCCGAAUCCUCUGGGCUCAUCAUUCCCCAUCGGGCUGCAGGCUCUGGACAUGAUCUGUGCCCAAACAGCGUCGUGGCCUGAGCACAUGAUGGUCGCGGUCAACUUUCACCUCGCCAACUCGCUACCCCGCACGCCGCUCACGAGAUCCUCGGAGCGCUGGACAGUUCAGAAACCCCAC